AUGGGCUACUACGCCCCUGGACUGUUGAUAGCUUCCGCAUCAACUGCAACCGUCGUCGGAUUAUACCUUUUGUUCACAGGACAAGGAGAAUCAUUCAAUGUUGGAAGAUUUUUGGCGGAGAGUAGUCCCUUUGCUUGGGCUAUGGUAGGAGUGGGAUUAUGUAUAGGGCUCUCAGUAGCUGGAGCUGGAUGGGGAAUAUUCCUCACUGGUUCCUCUAUCCUAGGAGGUGGUGUUCGAGCACCUCGAAUUCGUACCAAAAAUCUCAUUUCAAUCAUCUUCUGCGAAGUCGUUGCUAUCUAUGGAGUCAUCAUGGCCAUCGUCUUCAGUUCAAAGAUCACGGGAGAUGUAGUGGAUAUGUACACUACCAAUAAUUAUUACACUGGCUUCGCGCUGUUUUGGGGAGGUCUAGCCGUCGGUCUUUGCAACCUUCUAUGCGGCGUAUCAGUCGGUAUCACAGGAUCCACUGCCGCCCUUGCAGACGCUGCGGAUCCUCAAUUGUUUGUCAAGAUAUUGAUCGUGGAAAUAUUCGGCUCUGUGCUCGGCUUAUUUGGUCUGAUUGUGGGACUACUGAUUGUAUGUCAACUUCCUAUCUUGUCCUGGGGAUGCGUGAAAGCAUCCCAUAUUCUCCUCGUCGAAUUUCAGCAGGGAUUUUCACUGAUUGACAGAGCGGAAAAGCGGAGGAGUUUGCAUAAGAAUGUUCAAUGCAUGAUAUGA